GCAUUAUGUAUAAAUAGAUGACUAAUUUUUGGUGAGAACUUUUUUUCAUGGAGGAUUUUGUGAAGUGCAUCACGCGGAAACAUGCCGCAUCGUCGAAGGACGCAACUCAACAACAGAGUUAUUUCGUUCCUGGAGCGUUGGUGACCGUCCUCUUCUUCUUGUGGGGAUUCAGUUACGGUCUCCUGGAUACACUCAACAAACAUUUUCAGAAUGUUCUGGGAAUCACAACCACUCAAACCACCUUUAUGCAAGUGGCUUACUUUGGCGCAUACUUCGUGUUCAGUGUACCAGCGGGUUUGUUGUCCAAGAAAUUUGGUUACAAGAAGACGAUUAUUUUCGGACUUUUGUUAUACGUAAUUGGCGCCAUCGGCUUUUACCCUUCGGCCACCUCCAUGAAAUAUGGCGGUUUUGUCGCCUCCUUAUUCGUCAUUGCUUGCGGCUUGGCAACGUUGGAAACGUGUGCCAACACUUACAUCACGAUUAUCGGCUCCAGAAAGUGGGCUCCUUUCCGUGUGAACUUUGCUCAAGGCUUCAAUGGUAUUGCAUCGGCCGUCGCACCUGUGGUUGCAUCGUAUGCUUUUUUUGGCGGCGACGAGAACCAAAUACAAAAUUUGGAAUCAGUGAAAUGGACCUACGUUGGUGUUGCCGCCGGAGUGGCGGUGAUUGCUGUUCUGUUCUGCUUUGCUCCCAUUCCAGAGGUCGAUGAGGAAGCACUGAUGGCGGCGGAAGCGGAAGAAACCGGCGAAACGGUACGCCGAGCAUCCCUGUUUUCACCCCAUCUGCUUCUGGGCGUAUUUGCGCAGUUCAUGUACACUGGAGCCCAAGUGGCGGUGGCUUCCUUGUUCAUUUUUUAUGGCGCAGAAGUGGGUCAUUUUUCCGACGCAUUCAGCUCACGACUUCUCUCCUAUGCGCAAGUGUGCUUCACUGUCGGCAGGUUUAUCGCAGCUGCACUCUUGCGAAAAAUUCGACCGCAACUGUUAAUGGCAGCGUUCGCCGCCGGCGCGGUGAUUGUCAACAUAUUCCUUAUCGCAAUGCAUACACCUGCAACCACCUACUGCCUGCUAAUUAUUCUGUUCUUUGAAAGCGUCAUGUACCCAACCAUUUUUGCUCUGGCAACAAGGGAUCUGGGACGGAACCAUAAGCGGGGGUCAUCCUUUGGUAGAGUGAUGGUUGGAACUGGGGAUCAACCGCUGGUUUGUGUAACUCACACAACUUUUUUCUUGAUUUAGUAAUCAUGGGUGUAUCGGGUGG